GCAGUUACCCCGGAGAUUGGAAAGUAAGCUCUGUUCGCCAGACUAAUUUGCGCCUCAUUCUGAUUUCCCCACCUCAGUUUCUGUUUUCUCAAACACUCUACGGAGCCUACGCUCGUUAGUCUUGUUUUGUUGCUGGUCGCGUUCCGUUCGUUUGAGUCGUUCGUUCUUGUUGUUGUUGUCGCAGCUUCGUCGCGCUCGUUUUCUGUAUUCGAGUACUAUCGCAAGCAUCCGGAAGUUUACCAUCGAGGUGGUCUGAGACAGUAGAUCUAUUGCAAGGUUCCGAGACGCUUUUUCGCAGGAUGUUGAAGAAUACGGUACGUGGGAGUCUGGGAUGCAGGUGCAGGUGCAGCAAUCGUUUCGUGGGGAAGAACAGGAUGGGACAUGUGUGGGCGGGUCUUGCAAUGUUGCUUGUCUUCUUCCAGGGGAAUUGAAACAUUCUCGUCAUCCUCGUCGCCUUAUUACCAGCCUCAUACUGACAAUCGCGUUUUCUACAGAUUGCGCUCGUUGCGCUCUAUGCCACGACUACUCUCGCGGUUCAAUCGCUGGUUAUUGAGGGUUCCAACUUUGUCAAUUCCAAUACGGGGAAUCGAUAUCAGAUUGUGGGGGUUGCGUAUCAACCUGGUGGUGAGGCUGGCUAUAAACCCCAGAGUGGAGUCGAUGCGCUCAGUAAUGGGACGGUUUGUUUGAGGGAUGCGGCGUUGAUGCAAAGAUUGGGGGUUAAUGCUAUUCGUGUUGUAAGGAUUCCUAAUUUUCCUUUCUCUUUCUUGCGCCGAAGGCGAUUGCGGGGGAUUGGUUUGGAUGGAGAGGGGGAGAAUGGGUUUAUAUGUCUUCUGGGAAUUACUGCGGGAUUUCACUGACAUUGAUUGAUUAGUAUAAUGUCUCUCCUGACAUCAACCAUGACGAGUGUGCGUCCAUUUUCAACGCUGUAAGUCAACUGCUUCACAAUUCUAAGCUCUGGACUAAUGGAUCCAGGUCGGAAUUUAUAUGCUUCUCGAUGUCAAUUCUCCUUUCUCCGGUGAGAGCAUCAACAGAGGCGAUCCUUCUUCCAGCUAUACUUCUUCCUACCUGAAUCGAACUUUCGCUGUCGUUGAGGCUUUCAAAAACUAUCCAAACACUUUACUUUUCUUUGCUGGUAAUGAGGUUAUCAACGAUGUUUCCAGUGGAAAAGUCAUUCCUCCUUAUAUGAGAGUAAGUUCUCUUUCCCCAGUGCCUAGCUCAUUCAUCCUAAAAGUAAUAGGCUGUCACUCGAGACCUCAAAAAUUAUAUCGCAAAGCACUCCAAGCGAGUUAUUCCAGUUGGAUACAGUGCUGCUGAUGUUAGAGAUAACCUUCUCGACUCGUGGAACUAUCUCCAGUGCUCCACCACUGGUGAUGCUUCUGAUCCUUCCCGUGUGGAUCUAUUUGCUCUCAACAGCUACUCCUGGUGUGGUGAUGCGAACUUUCAGACGAGUUCGUACGAUAGAUUGAUUUCCGACUUCAAAAACACCAGUGUUCCAAUUUUCUUUUCUGAAUAGUAAGUGAAUCCUAAUACCUGCCUAGUCGCAAAAAAUGUCACAUCCUCUUAAUUGCUUAGACUGACUAACUUUAUUUUAGUGGUUGCAAUAAGCCUUCCCCACGUAUAUUCACCGAGGUCCCAGUUUUGUACGGACCUUUAAUGACACCAGUCAUGUCUGGUGGUUUGGUCUACGAGUAUUCACAAGAAAAAUCAGACUACGGCCUUGUAACCAUCAACACUGAUGGAUCCGUUCAACUUCGCGCAGAUUUCGACGCGCUUCAAGGCCAAUACAACAAACUGAAUGUGACCGCUCUCCAAGGAGUUAAAGCAGAAAACACAUCUGUUGUCCCACCAAGGUGUGCUUCUAAUUUGAUCACAACCGACUUUUAUAACAAUUUCACCAUCCCUUCUCUUCCCUCCAGAGCACAGGAGCUCAUUGAUAAUGGCAUCAAGACGUCAAAUUCAGGGAAACUUGUCCCUGUCACUACUACCAAGGUUACCUUGGGCGUCCAGUCAUCCAGUGGUGCCCCCAUGGACUUGAGCAUCACUGUAUUGGCUGAUGACCAAAGCAACACACCCAGCGGCCAAACCCCAGUUACAUCUCCUACUGGUACUACCCCUUCAUCAUCACCAACUCCUACCAAGAAGAGCGGUGCUAGCAAUGUGAAGGUGGCAAGCUGUGCUUUACUUGGCGUGGGAUUCUUGGCUGCUGUCCUACUUUAAGAGUUCGGAAGCAGCGACAUUGCUUUUCUUGGAACGUUGAAGGAAUAAUUUCGCUUCUUGUGCAUAAUUCUCGUUUCAUUUCUUAUGCCUCUUUGAAGGGUUUCUUUCAUAGUUAUAGUUGGUGGCUGGACAGGGUCUUGCUUGGAUAGCAAGCAUUUUUUUAGGGGUUUCCUUCUCUUCUUUUGCUGAGCUUACUGGCUUUGAUUGAGCAUUCUAGUGGUAUUAUAGGGAGGAGUGAGAAGGCGAGUGUAUGAUAGAUAUCAUGGUGUGGAUGUGGAUGUGGUAUUAAUUAAUAUCUUUUUGACAAUAAAGCAGAAGCAAUGGUUAAUGAUG